AUGUCUCCGUCGGUGGUGGUUGUGGGAGUGAAGGCAGACUGCCGUAGUAAAGAGCUGCUGACGUGGGCGCUGGUGAAAGUCGCCAACUCCGGCGAUCGCGUCAUUGCUCUCUGCAUCAUCCACCCCGACGCUGAUAGAACGAUUAUGCUAUCACUGCUCAAGAAUUUCGACUCACUGCUGGCUGCAUUUCAAGGUUUCUGUAACCUAAAACAGGUGGAUCUAAAGCUCAAGGUCUGUAGAGGAUCUCCAGUUCGGAAAAUAUUGUCCAGGGAGGCAGCGUCUUGUGGUGCAACGAGUUUAGUACUUGGUACAUCGAGAGCCAACACCGCACUUCGAUCCAAAACCUCUCUUGCCAAGUCAUGUGCCAAGAGUCUCCAAAAUAAUAUUUCAGUUAUAUGUGUUGACAAUGGUAAGAUUAUGUUCCAAAGUGAAUCCAGAUACAGAAGAAGGAAGACUUUUCCCGAUAGCCCUUUUAGCCUACCGCCCCAGAGAAUCUCGAUGGCUCUAGUACCUUGUAAAACUCAAGAAAUGGUUGUCCGGAGAUCAGGGUGGAUGUUACUUCGCAGGACGUUUCUACAUGGAAGCAGAGGUUUUGAAUAUGCAACUUCUAAGAAAUCAUCAGUGAUGCAUUGGCUAUCGAAACUGCCAAGCCGGCAAUCUGUUGCACCUAUUUAUCCUGAUCAGAAGCAGUUCAGUGCAUCCAACAAGAUUUUCUCAGACGAACUUGGAAAUCUUCAAGAGAAAUACUCAAACAAAUGUCGGGUGUUUAGCUUCCAAGAACUCUCAUUAGCAACGAAUAAUUUCAUACCCGAAUAUUUGAUUGGAAAAGGGGGAAGCAGCCAGGUCUACAAAGGCUGUCUACCAGGAAGCAGGGAAAUAGCUGUUAAAAUUCUGAAGCCAUCAAACUAUGUACUGGAACAUUUUGUUUCAGAAAUCGAAAUCCUUACGUCUUUCUGCCACAAAAAUAUUAUCUCUUUAGUUGGCUUCUGUUAUACUGAAGACCAACUACUUUUGGUGUAUAAUCUUUUAACCAGAGGAUGCUUAGAAGAGAAUCUCCAUGGUUGUCGCGUAUCUCGAGAUCAAUUUGGUUGGGGGAAGAGGUAUAAGAUUGCUUUGGGAGUUGCUGAGGCAUUGGAUGCAUUGCAUAAUACAGCUGAGCCAAUCAUCCAUAGAGAUGUAAAAUCUUCGAAUAUCCUUCUUUUGGAUGAUUUUAGGCCACAGCUAUCGGACUUUGGGCUUGCCACAUGGAAAUCGAGCUGUUCUCAUGAUAUGGAUACCUCUGAUGUUGCUGGAACAUUUGGCUACUUAGCUCCAGAGUGUUUCAUGCACGGGGAACUGAAUGAAAAGAUUGAUGUCUAUGCAUUCGGUGUUGUACUCCUUGAGCUCUUGUCGGGUAAAAAGGCUAUUGAUAAUGGACUACCAAAGGGCCAGGAAAGCUUGGUUGUGUGGGCAAAACACAUUCUGAAGGAAGGGAAAAUCUCAGAACUGCAAGAUCCCAGUUUGGGGGAUGCUUACGACCGCAAUCAAUUUGAGAAUGUGGUUUUAGCUGCAACCAUUUGUAUCAGACACAGAGCACAAUCUCGUCCUGCUAUUAACCUCGUUCUCAAACUCCUUCAAGGGGACUCAGACGUUAUAGAAUGGGCGAGACAGGACAGAGAUAUCGAUUAUAUGAUGACCGAUGAGCAAUCUGCAACAGAUAUCCAGUCCUUCAUCAAUCUUGCAUUACUUGAUUUGGAAGAUGAAACUGCGUUUACAAGCAUUGUUGGGCAGAAUGUCCCGGUGGAGGACUAGUUAGUCCUCUAGCUUCGACCAAAUCAUCCUCUCGGUCUCGAAUGAGAGGAUCAGAAUCAGAAGCCUUUCACUUCCUCAUCAACCUAACUAUCAGGAGCUGGUUCUGCUUCUGAUUCCUAAUUUUCGAGAUUCUUUGAUGAUGUAGCAAAAUUGCUACUGAAUUGCAUCUCUAUUUAUAUUUCAAAAGCGGUUAUGGUUUUUUUUUUAUAAUUUUUUUUAUGUAAAGUUUGAGUGUAUAGCUCUGUUGUAGUUGAACAAUUUAUGUAUAUCUACAUUUGUGAAAUCUGUUGUGAAUAUGUAACUUUGGAAAUA